AUGGAUGAAGAUAAUAACAACAAAGAAAAUAAUAUUUUUAACGACCAAAACACUCUUCCAUUUUUUAAUGGACAAACAAGUUCAUUCCACGUUCCUCAAACUCGUGGAGACAAUGAUUUCGAUUAUCAAAACGUUCAACAAAACUUAUUUCAUGAUAAUUCCAUUACUCAAACUUUUGGAGACAAUAACCUCCUUGCUUAUCAAAACGGUGGCGACAACAAUCACCUUAAUUUUAACUUAGUUCAUGACAAUUUCGUUAAUGAAAAUUCUGGAGAUGAUAACUUGAUUAAUCAAAAUAAUUUCGUUGACCAAAACACUCUUACCUCAAUAGAUAUUGCCAGUAAUAGUGGUUUCGUUAAAGAUAACACUUUUGAUGGCUUAACUAGUAUUAUCAAUAAUAAUAAUGGCCUUGCUGGCCAGAACACUGCUAUUUCAACAGGUAUCAACAAUAAUAACAAUGGCUUCGCCGAACAGAAUUUAUUUAAUGCGAAUAAUAACUCUGCAUAUCAAAACCAAAAUAAUUUUGUUGAUCAAUUAAAUUACAUUAUAUUCUUGCUUCAUCAACUGUUAGAUAAUAAAAACAAACAACAAUGA